AUGAACUACUUCAAACGUGUUGACGCACAGAAACGCACAACUGUUCUGGAUGCUCUUCUGAAGAUUCAAAACGAAAGGGGUCAGUCCACUGGUACCUCGGAGGAGCUCAUUGAGAUGGUGGUGCUCUUGCUGGCUCAUUUUGCUGAGAAGGAAGAGCAUCUCCUACAGUUCAUCGAUAAGACCAGCCUUGCUGAGGAUGUUCAGAUGGAGAAUGUGCCACCUACACCCUGCCUCAUUGUGUGUGGCCUACUUGCUCGAUUCUACAUAUCUGAUCUUACAACACUAGUGAUAAAUUCAGAAUUCAAAAGGAUCACCACCGUCCCAUUGCAGUGCAAGUUCCUGUACAGACUGGAUCUCUACUCCGCUAAGCUGAGUGAGCUGUUUCUAAAGAGAGGGGGGCAGUUGGGCCAAAAGCUCAAAAGUCUCAUGGCACCAGUGACCGAUGGUGUCAGUGUGCAUGUGAGGCGGGAGUGCAUCCUAAAGGGACUCUGUGCGUAUAUGGGCGAAGACCACGAACAGCUGGUUCGGGAAUAUAUGACCUACACUCCUCAUUCAGACCUCAUUCAGACCUACACUCCUCAUUCAGACCUACACUCCUCAUUCAGACCUACACUCCUCAUUCAGACCUACACUCCUCAUUCAGACCUACACUCCUCAUUCAGACCUACACUCCUCAUUCAGACCUACACUCCUCAUUCAGACCUCAUUCAGACCUACACUCCUCAUUCAGACCUCAUUUAG